AUGUCUGCACAGGACCAACUAUUAACUAAUAAAGGAUCUGAGGUUCAUUUAUGUGAACAACCACUAGCUAGGGUGAUAACUAAAAAGAAGAGAAGUAUUAUUGGAGAGCAAUAUUAUGAAGAGUUUUCUAUGGAAUUUUGGAAAGAACUUGAUAUUUGUUUUUCUGGCGUUUACUUUAGUAAAUCUAAGAUAUUCUUCCUAAAACAUUUAUUGUUUUUAGAAUCACAACGUUCUAUGACAUCAUCUAAUACAACUAUUCAAUUAACACUCUUAACACCUGAUCCUCUCAAAACUAAUUCUGAUACUUCUUCCUUUUCACAUAAAUAA